AUGAAUACUUCAAAGCUGACUCUAUCAAUAUUUGAAAAUGCCCGAAGACCGAACAAAAAGAAGCUGUCUGUGCAUAAAAAGGUGUAUGUUCACAAGAAGAAACCAGUUGAACAAUUAAUUGCCAUUGAGCCGCUUGUGGGGAAAUCAAACAUGAAAAGUGAAAACUUUGCCAAGCUAGAUAUACUUCUACAGGAGAAAAAUAGGUCUUCAUUACUUGAAAACACAGAGAUUUCGCAGCUUCCACUGCAAAUACUUAAAGGUGACCUUGACUCCACCAAAACUGAGGAAAUCAGGAAAAAAUACUCAUCAAAAAAGUUUUCAGUGCCCAUAUCAAAGAAAGAGCUCAAAAGCCGGGUCUCUCAAGUGCUACCUAUCAUUCCUAAGCUACUUGAAGGAAAAGAAGAGCUCUCAUAUCACUACACUCAUGCUUCUGAACAGCGGAAAAAGCUGCCUCAUACAACAAUGACAUCUAAUGAGCGGUGGGAUAUCCCUUGGGAUCGCUACAUUGGAGGAUAUUAUGGAUUACGGCGUCAAACGUUCAUUUCUACUCUAAUUCAGGCAGAAUACUCGGGUCUCUUGGCCAAAACAAAAAACAAAACUCUCAACUACUGGACUCAGGAUAUGUUUUGUACCUAUGUGCUUGCCAAUGAAGUCAUACUUCGGCUAAUCAUGGAUGAUAUGUCUCUUCUGAAAGCUGAGGCGGAAAAACUCAUGAAAGAGACGGUCGAUUAUGGGUGCCAUGUUGCUGAUGAGGAAGAGUUUGCUGAUGAUUUGAAUUUUGAGGAAUUUCAAGUGCUUUAG